GUAGCCGAAGAGCUGCAGUUUCGCGAGGACGACCUCGGGCCAUUCCAAAGAGGGACCAAAAAUUAAAUAGCCCAAUUAAACCGUCUGCCCGUUUCAGUGAACCUUAGUGCAACCUAGAGCUCAUCUCGAAACGCUCCGGCAAGAAGGUACAAGCGAACCGGAAGAAUGUUCACAGCCGGGAUCGUCGCGUUGCUAAGCGCGAUCGCGCUGACACACGCCGCGUACAAUUGCCCGAAGAAGGACGGCCAAUAUGAGGACGCCAGGCAGUGCGACUUGUAUUACGAAUGUAUCGACGGUGUGGCAACGGAGAAGCUGUGCCCGGACGGCCUCGUGUUCGAUCCCCUGAAUCGCAAGGUCAACAAGUGCGACCACGUCUUCAACGUCGACUGCGGCGAACGUCUCGAAUUACAACCUCCACAGCCGACGAAGAAGUGCCCGCGACGAAACGGUUUCUUCGCGCAUCCCGACCCGACAGUGUGCAACGUCUUCUACAAUUGCAUCGACGGCGAAGCGAUCGAGAUUACCUGCACCACCGGGCUGCACUUCGACGAGUACAGCGGAACUUGCGUGUGGCCGGAUAGCGCGGGUCGCGAGGGCUGCGGGGUCAUGGGCAAGAAGCUGCAGGACGGUUUCGAGUGCCCAACUGAGAGCCAGGUCGACAGCAGGGGCAUGCUAAUCGACCAUCCCAAGUUCGCGCACCCCGAGGACUGUCAGAAGUUCUACGUAUGCCUGAACGGUGUGACGCCGCGCGAGCAGGGCUGCAGCGAUGGCACCGUCUACAACGAGGAACAGCAGAGGUGCGACGCACCCGAGAACGUCCCCGGAUGCGAGGACUGGUACAAGGACGACGACAAGAAGCCGUAAGGAAGUCGUCUACGCUCAUCUGUCCCGCAUCGGGACGCCGCACGUUCACUUUAAUCACGCGUCACCCCCUUCGCCCAGAGUGUAACUCCAUGUGUGUGUUUAGCCAUUUGAAUGUCUUGGAAUACAUUUUAUUUUUACUUUA